AUGAAAACAAGUGUCCGGGGCAUUAACAUGCGUAACAAGCGGCCUUGUGUUGGUCUGUGUCUGCACAGGUGGAUGUGGGCGAUCGGUACGGACGUACAUACGAAGGACUUUGGCAUCCGUGAAAGUUGUACGUCGCCGUGGUGCUCUCUCUACAAAGUGUGUAGUGUUGUUGCUGUUGGUGUUACUUGUAGCCUGUGGGAAAGUAACGCAACACCAUGGGACCUACAGCCGGUUCGCUGGUUAUACUUUAUACUGGACCGCGAUAUUCCGAGAUCCCAGCCGACAAACCAUUUCCAAAACUCCCACGAGCAGCCCAUCAUCACUCUAAUAUACACUACAAAUACUCUGGUUUUACACGCACUUGGAAGAAGAAAUGAAGAAUGGGUUGGUCAAAAAAAUGUAAAAAUACACAAAUCCUUUGAUAAAAUAACACAAGUGGUUCAUUGUUCAUAA